CAACAGCAACAGCAGCAACAACAACAGCAACAGCAGCAGCAACAACAACAGCAGCAGCAGCAGCAGCAGCAGCAGCAUUUGGUUUUGCAGCAACAGCACAAUCUUCCAAUUCAUCUGCAGCAGCAACUGUCGCAUCAUUUGAUCACUAGCCAUCUGCCGCACCAUACGGCCCCGGGUCAGGAACAUGGUGGCGCAACCGAGCUACACCAUCAAGUGAACUUCCACCAUCCGCACAUCUCACAUCUGCCCAAUCUGUCGCACAAAAUUCUGUCGCCGUUGUUUCACAUUCCAUCGUUCAACAACAACCACAGCACAUAAUGGAGCGAGUGCAGGGGUACAGCACCGGUGGUACGUGCGGUCACUCCUGGUACUAUACUCAAUUCAUCGACUGCGGCACUGCUCGCUGCUGGUGGAAGCUCGCUGGUAGGAGGACCACCAGUAAGCACCAACAUCACCACCCCUGGUGGUAUGCCGAUCGUAAAGCUUGAACGCCCAGAAGAGGACGAUAACAACGGUGGUAUCGGUUGUGGUGGCGGCAAGUAACCGCAAACGAGGUUGCAGUUGUCCGGUUGUCACAGAAUUAUAAGGUAACACUUUGUCUGUAUGGGGACGAGCAAUUUAGCAGUUAAGCAAAAGGAAGGCAAAAUCAAGUCUAAUACUCAGGAGAGCGCAACCGUUGAACUGUUGCGUUCGCAUUAACGAGCGAAGGAAGGAAGAAGAGCAUCAUGGCAUCAUGCAUUGUCAUCCAGCAGCCGAUGGAAAGGGGAGGGAGCUGCAUGUUUAGUUUUUUUUAAUCAUAAAGUUCCGUUUUAUCAUUAGUUACAAUAACGAUUGUAUUUGAUAAACAUUUUAUGCAUUAUGCAAGUGGAGGCCCGUGCGUGACUGAUCGAUCGAUGGCAUUCGAGAAAGUAGAACGAGUAGAACCAGCCUACUGCGUUCGUUUUUUUAUGAUUAGCGCGAGGCAGAUAUAAGGAGAUAAAGAGAAAGAAGCGCCCAACUCACAUAUACGCACACCAACACACAUAACAACUCACAACACGUAAAAGGAAGUGAAGGCGGCAGGGCUUUGGCGUCCUAGCUGUCCGGUUUGGCAUUUUUAUGUUUUAUGCUUCGCUUCAGAAAUCGCCCCCUACCCUGUAGUAGGAUCGAAUCUUCAUAAGGCAUAGAAGAGGCAUCGAUCGUAUCCUUUCCAUCAUUGUGAUAAGCCAACGAGAAAAGCAGCUAGUACGUAGUGUUGCUCCUAGUGAACGAAAGAGGUGUGCAGGUGGUUGAAUGAAGAUGGAGAGAGCAACAGGUUGUGAUAUAAAAUGACAUAAACAAACGACAUACACACAGAUGUACAUUUUGAGAUGAGCAUUGAUCGUGGAAACCAUCAACAGCUCCAGAAGGUUUUCCUUGUCGACAUCGACGGUCGAACACCAACUCGCUGCGUUCAGAGCCUACUCGAUGUCUAGGGCCCUUCUCCUUUGCACCCGCACAGCAACUAUGUGAUAUCUUUUCAAACGAAUCGAAGUAGACCAUUGCAAAUUCUUUCACUCGCAUGUGGUUGCUGGAGGAGUAUGGUCUUCUAACCUCGACCAAGUGGCUGAGGGUUGCAAGUAAACCGAACUAUUGAUCACAUUUACGAUUCA